AUGCCGCUAUAUGCCCCUGAAUCUCCGGGUGCUCUCGUCGAGUUGAGGACAGAUAGCCCUGCGUUAGAUACUUGGAUCAAAGUCGGCCCAAAUCAGAAGCUCAAAUUUUACCGAUACUAUGUGUUUGCAAAAUGGUGCUCUAGAAGACCAUUUCCACGUGUUCAAUCCCUGACCGAAGUGUCGGUGUGGGAGCUCGCGGACCUUGAACCUGGAAAUGCGCAACACCGGGCUCCGAACUUGCUGGCAACCGAGACAUCAAGUUGCAACGGUGCACAUAGUACAGUGGCACGAGACAUCAACGUGGUUUCUUUCAAGCUUCCUCAGCUCAACAAAGACUCGAUCUUUCCGACGAGUAGUACAAUCGUAGAGGACGGAAUAGAUCGGUGUAACCUCGCAACGACGCAGAAUCGGUCCGGCGAGAGGAAACCGAAACCUCGUGUACCUGCCGCUUCUGUUCCUGCCAUCCUCCUGUUUUUGGAAAGGAUGAUCCUGCCGCUAAUGUCGUGCAGAGCAAACGGUCGCCUGACUUGGUUGGGUAUGUGUGACGUGAGGGACGACUUCCACCUAGAUUGGGAAGGUUCCAAGGACAAGGAUAUGGAGGUUGAGGAGUACGAUGCAACUUCCGCAGAUGACCUUGGCACUGGCGACGGGAAGGAGAGAUCGGAGACUUCAUCCUCUUCCAGGGUAGAUAUGGCAGUUGCUGUCGGCAAGCUUCCCAUCGAAGAAGGUAACUUCCUCCUUUCGUGGAAGCUCCAAGCUGUUAGCAGUCCAAGGACCAGAGUGUCUGUCUUCUCCCAUAUAAACCUCCCCAACCCGACUCCCACCCUCUCUUCCAUCUCUUCUUUAUCCUUCGUCUGCCAACGACACCACAGCAUCCCUCUACUUUUUUGGACCAACACACAUUCUGCCAGCAUUCCUUUCAAGUCACUCGUUCCACUCAGAAAUACGCCACUCGGCAACAUCAAAAGCCAGGCCACCGAGAUGUUUUCUCUCUCUAUUGUCACUCUGACACUAGCUGCCCUUGGCAUUGCCAGCCCCAUUGACGUCAAGCCUCGUCACCACGAGGAAGUCAAACCUCGGCAUCAUGAAGAGAUUCAACCCAGGUCUCACAAUGUCCCAAGCUUCGAGACACUGAAACGUGAAACAACCACCAACGUGGGCUCUGCCAUCUCCAAGAUGAUUCCCGGCGUUGGAAAUGAUUGGGGAUGCAAUCAUGUAAGCUUCUUUUCCCUCCUGUCUGCUCGUUCCAUCUCUUCUGGAUCAUGCUUCCUGUCACAUCUCCACGCAUGUACCUGUAUCUACUACUGCAUAAUCAGCGAUAAAGCGACAAGAACACACAUUAUCACUGCCCCAAACCCCCUUGACUGCCCAGCCCUUUUCGCAAAGAUACAAUCCGGGCAAAAGGAUGGAGUCACCGUAUCGACCGACAAAACUUGCUUCACCCAGACUCAUGGUACAUGCAAGGCCACCGUCUGCUCAGCUGGUGGAGUUGACAAUGUGGACUAUUCGUUGACAACUGCACGGAUGAUGAACCCGAUUCAAACAACGUGCAUUGUCAAUGGGAAAAGUGGCUACUGGUGGAACGAGAACCACACAGUCUACGUCUCGUUUGAAGAGGAUCCAAGUGAUGAGGUCCCCGAGGAGGAGGAGCCGCAGGAUGAAGAUCCCGAGGACGAAGAAGACUCUGAUGAUGACGAAGAAUCUGACGAUGAUGAGGACUCUGACGAUGACGACGACUCUGACGAUAACGAGGACUCUGAUGAGGAUGAUGAGGAUGAUGAAGAAGAUGGCGACGAUGACGAAGACGAGGUUGAGGACAACGAAGGUGACGGAGAUGAUGAGGGCCCUGAAGACGAGGAAAUCCCCGAGAAUAGCGAGCCUGUCGAAGAGGAGCCUACUGAGGGAGAAUUUGUUCGGAGACGGAGACGAGUCUGUUGA